AUGUCCGACAUUUGCUCCCUCCUCCCACACACGCACAAGGAAACCAAACUGGAUACGAAGAAGAAGACCGCCGGUUACAACCUCCUCCUGAACUCUCUCGCCGACCUGCACUCCUGCAACAUCAUUUUCUUCCUCGAAGCUCGCAAGCAAGGCCAGGAUCUCUACCUGUGGCUGGCGCGUCCCCCGAACGGCCCCACAAUCAAGUUCCAUCUCAACAAUCUGCAUACUAUGGCAGAGCUGGGGGCUGGAUUUGCCGGCAACUGCCUGAAGGGCGGACGCGGCUUGGUGGUAUUUGACCGGUCAUUCGAUGAGCAAGGGCCGGACAUGGGCGCUCCUGGCACAGAAUACCGAGCUCUGAUCCGCGAGAUGCUGCGCGGAGUAUUCUGUGUUCCUAAGCGUGGCGUGAAGGGCAUGAAGCCUUUCGUCGAUCGCAUCAUUGGUAUCUUCGGGGUGGAUGGCAAGAUCUGGAUCCGGGUCUACGAGAUUCGCGAAUCGGAAGGUGACAAGAAGAAGGACGGCGAAGAGACGGUUAAGCCCCUGCCCAAGGGCAAGGACGUUCAGCCCGAAGUGUCUUUGGUGGAGAUUGGCCCUCGCUUUGUCCUGACCCCCAUCGUCAUCCUGGAGGGCAGUUUCGGCGGCCCUGUCAUCUAUGAGAACAAGGAGUACGUCAGCCCGAACCAAGUUCGUCGUGAGGUCCGCAUGAGCAAGGCCGGCCGGUACUCGCAACGCCGGGACGUGACGACGGACCGGGUGGCCAAGCGCGCGGAUCUGGGGCUGUCGGAGAACUCACAAAAGAAGGGGGAUGCAUUGGAGACACGGAAACUGUUUGCAUAG